AUGCUGCUUUCUCGAAGAAGCCUCCACAAUGCCCCCUGUGUGAUCUCUUUGUUUCCAAACAGCCUUGGAAAAUGCCAGUGCAAAGCUGGAGCCACGGGGAUCAAAUGUGCCCAGUGCCAGGAAGGCUUCUCCAAGUUCAACGGGACCUCCUGCGCGCCAUGCCGGUGCAACAAUCAUUCUUUGCAGUGUGAUCCUUUGACAGGCGCUUGCCUUCAUUGCCAUGGAAACACCGAAGGCCCUUACUGUGAGAAUUGCAAAGGACGUUUUUAUCGCAACCACUCCGAGCAGCACGAGUGUCUCCGUUGCCCUUGCUCCACAGAAUCGUCCAGCGGCAGCUGUCAGAUAAAGCCUGGUCAACAAACUCCAACCUGUGUCGAGUGUCGUCCUGGCUACAUCGGCCCCCUCUGCAAUGAAUGCGACAAGGGCUACUACAGCUCGGACAGCAUCUGCCUGAAAUGCCAAUGCAAUGGGAACGUUGACCCAGCCCUUUCGCCGAGAGUCUGCAAGGCGGAUACGGGCGAAUGCAUCGGUUGCCUCUACCACACAGCCGGGGUCCAUUGUGAGGCGUGCCAAGAAGGCUACGCCAAACAUUUGGAAGGAGGAAACUGCACUAAGGAAGAAUAUACUCCGUCCCCAAGGCUCAUCCCCACAACUCCAAACUUCAAUGCGUCCACUGUCUCGCUUACCUUGGCCUUCAACGCCACAUCGGGCCAGCCGACGGUACAGACGGCCUUCCCAAGCCCGUCUUCCGAGAACAGCACGUCGACGUUGGCCGACGUCUCCUGGGCCCAAUUCAACAUCAUCAUCCUCACCGUCAUCAUCAUUCUGGUCGUUCUGCUGAUGGGCUUUGUGGGAGCCGUCUACACGUACCGCGAGUACCAGAACCGGAAGCUGAACGCUCCUUUCUGGACCAUUGAACUGAAAGAGGACAACAUCAGCUUCAGCAGCUACCACGACAGCAUCCCCAACGCGGACAUCUCCGGCUUGUUAGAAGAUGACGCCAACGAAGUGGCGCCCAACGGACAGUUGACCCUGGCGACGCCGAUGCAUAACUACAAAGCAUGACGAGUCCAGGCAAGGACGGAUGUCAAACUCUUUUUUUUUUCCGCCUUUUUAAAAACUUGGAAUGAAUCCGUGCCAGGACGCUUUGGAUGGUCCCUGUGUUUCAUCCAGAAGGAACCAGCUUUUCCUUUUCCUGGAUUGGCCCAAGCUUCAGUUGUCACUUGUCCAAACCAAGACGAGCGUCGGACAAUGACCGAGACGAGUGAAAUGAAAAUUACGGGAUUGGAUUCAGCUCGGCCUUUCCAAUGCCACAAGAGGGUAUUUGCCUGUAUUUUUUUUAAAGAAGCAGCAGCUUGAAAAAAAAAAAAUAUAUAUAUAUAUAUAUUUUUGUAUAUGGGAUCCUGGGAGAAGUCAACUCAGAAAUCAUCUCACAGCCAGUCACGGAAAACCCAGGCGGACCCUGGAAACGGAGUUUUUAAGCGCUUGUUGGAAAAGGAGGACAAGCGGUUUUGGAAAAGAAGAAUCCGAAAUGUUUCUGGGUCCGAGUUUUGCUAUUUAAAAACGAAAACAAACAAAAACGAUUGAUGGAUCCAGACAGAAUAACAGUGACCAAAGUUUUGCGGAACUCCUUCGUUCUCCUCUCUUUAUUUGUGAGAAAGGGACCUUAGGCGUCCUCUUUCCAUCCUUUUGUGAAUAGGCGCUCCCAAGCUAGUAACGUUAUUUAAAAGGUAAACGUGGCCUCUUUGUUUUCCCUACCUUGCUUCGACCAGGAUUCCUUUUCCCAGAUAGGAAGCAUGAAAGCUGAGCUCAAAUAUUUUAUUCCUGAACUAUUCGGAGCAGAAACGGUGUGGAUAACAGAAGGUGAACAGAGAUUUCCUUCCGCUGCGUUUGUAACUAUUUGUACAAAAAAAAAAA